CAGGUCUUUGCCUCUGUAAAAAAAAGAAAAAAAAAAAAAGAAAAAAAAAAAGGGGGAAAAAUGCCCUCAAGAACCAGAAAACCCCCCACCCAAAUCCAAAUCCAAAGGCUUUUUUGUUUUGGUCUCACUCCUUCCAUGACCUCUCUCCCCAGAGUCUAUGAUUGAGUGAACCAGACUGUCCAUCCUUCCUUCGCCACACCACUAUAUCACUCUUACCUUCUAUUUCCUGCUUUUUUCAGAGCCUUUUCUCUCUACUUUUCUCUCUUUCAUAAGACCUUGUGGAAAAAAUGUUGCACCCUUUGUUGGGUUGGGUGUUCUACUGUCAACUAGUAUUUCCCCAUUUUUCCCCAGAAAAUGAGGGAAAGUGAAGCAAGUAUAUGUUAAAAAGGGAAAGAGAAGCAAACCCAAGUUAUUUUCUCUUCUUUUUCUUUGCUUUUUUGGUUCUCUUUUCCUUGUAGGUUGAGGCAUUCAAGGAGGAAAUGAGGAAGCAUGGAUGGCAGCUCCCCUACCAUCCUCUCCAGGUGGUGGCUGUUGCUGUAUUUCUGGCAUUGGGAUUUGCCUUCUAUGUGUUCUUUGCCCCUUUUGUUGGCAAGAAGAUGUCUCAGUAUGUUGUGAUGGGGGUCUACACUCCUCUUAUUAUAUGCGUCUUUAGCCUAUAUGUUUGGUGUGCGGCUGCCGAUCCUGCAGACUCAGGAGUCUUCAAGUCCAAAAAAUAUCUAAAGAUUCCAGACAACGGAAAACAUAACCGACCCAAGGAAUCUAAAUUAGGUGGGGAAUCAACUUCAUCAAUAAAUGAUGCCAAUGCUGCAACAACUGGACAGAAGCCUGUGGAUGAGGAUGUGCUGGGUAUGAAUGCAACUACAGGCAAUCUCACUUCUGAGACUGAAAGAAAGAAUGCACCAUCCAAUCAUUCGUCUUGUUUCACGGGUUUAUUGGUAUUCAUUCCUUGUGCUUUCUUAUGCAACUGCUCAAGUUCACAAGAAGAAUCUUCCGAGCAACAAAUGAGCGAAGAUGGCAUGUUCUAUUGCAGUUUGUGUGAAGUGGAGGUUUUCAAGUACAGCAAGCAUUGUAGAGUUUGUGACAAAUGUGUGGAUCAUUUUGAUCAUCACUGCAGGUGGCUCAACAACUGUAUAGGGAAAAAGAACUAUAGACAAUUUUUUGCACUCAUGGUUUCUGCCCUUCUCUUGCUUGUUCUUCAAUGGUUGACUGGAAUCCUUGUACUGAUCUGCUGUUUUCUUGAGCGGAAGAGAUUCUCUGUGGAUAUCACCUCCAAGUUGGGCAGCAGCUUCUCCUUGGUGCCGUUUGUUAUUGUGGUGGCAGUGUGCACCAUUUUGGCUAUGAUUGCAACCCUACCACUUGCUCAGCUAUUCUUCUUUCACAUUCUCCUCAUAAAAAAGGGAAUUAGCACAUAUGAUUACAUCAUAGCUCUAAGAGAGCAGGAGCAACAAGGAGUUGGAGGUCAGCAGAGUCCCCAAAUGUCUCCUGCAAGCUCACUUACUGGGUUAAGCAGUGCUAGCUCGUUUACAACUUUCCACCGAGGUGCGUGGUGUACACCUCCACGCUUGUUUCUUGAAGAUCAGUUUGAUGUGGUUCCUCCAGACACUGGAUCAGUUAGUUCAUUAGGGAAAAAGGUGGUGGGAGAUGAACCAAUCAAGAAAAAGAACCCUGGUGCAGUAAAGAUUAGUCCAUGGACAUUAGCUCGUCUAAAUGCAGAAGAAGUUUCAAAGGUUGCUGCAGAAGCAAGAAAAAAGUCAAGGAUUCUGCAGCCUGUUGCAAGACGGGAAGCACCAUUUGGACUAGAAACUGACAGCAGCUUUGGCAGUAGUGGCCGCAGGAUGGUGCCAAGGCCUGAGAACAAUAGAAGAAGAACUAAUAAGCGGGUACGUCUCCCAGUGGAACUACCCCUUGAACCCCUGACAAAGGUUUCAGCAAGAACUGUUGAUAACAAUAAAAAUGAUGUGAUCACUGAGACAUCCACAAGUUUAGCUCCUCUUCAGCUGGAAGCACGGAGUGCUUUCCGAACAAGCCGUGCCAUGUCAAGCACUGGUGGGAUUGUUGCUUCUUCUCCUGAGAGCAGUUUAGACUCACCUGAUCUCCAUCCAUUUCGGGUCUCAUCAUCAGGAGCUGAAGAAGCAAGGCGGCUCACAGGUCUAUCUGCUGCUGGUGCAGCUGCUCAGAAGGGAAUCCCAUUGUCUAGGUCAACAAGUGAUGGGUAUGAAGCAUCUGGUGGGGAAGACAGUGAUCGAGUUCCUUCCAGGACCGUUCAUAGGUUGACAAACUGGAGUAACUUUCUUUUUAACUCUGAUCCAGUUGAGAGGGUUGGAACAUUGAAUGCCUCGGCAUCAUCAAGUCAGGCUAACAUGAUGAGAAAGCUUUGAACUGGUGGAAUGAUUGGAUUUGAUCACUUGAAUAUUAUGGAGAAAAGUUUAAGAUUAUUUCAUUUGUGUGCCAAGGCAUAUGGAGAACCAAUUUACCAUCCUCAACUUUGGUGGAUUGACGUGGCAGAUGGUUUUGAGAUCUUGGAAUCAAAGGUCUGACAGAAGACAAUGAUAGGCUGUAAAGAAAUCUUAAAAUUCAGGUUUCAGUCAUAGAAUGUGCUUCGUCUUUUUUUGUUUUUUCAGUUUGAACUUCAUUGCGUCUGGUCUUAUAUUCUUGCUGCCAAAACUUACCAGAAAGCAAGUCUGAUGUAUUGCUUGAAAAACUCAUUUGUCCUCCCUGUGUUGGUUUCUGUUAGAGAUGGGUUCAUGAUGGAUGGCUUUGGUUAAACCUCUACUGAUGCUUGUUGAGGUCCUGAAGAAAAAUUAAGAAACCUUGAGAAAAUCCAGUCUACUUCAUCUUGUAAUUGCUGCUGCUUUUCUGAACCUGUUUGUCACUUGUAAUCUUUUACUAAAUGAUCUGUAGCUCUAGCUUUGUUUUUGGCUCUCAAUUGUAUUUUUUAACAUGGCUCUUCCAACGUUGACGGAAGGAGGCUUUUCUGAGUUGAUGAUUUGUUUCUUUGGGUUGAUGUUUU